AUGCAUGCGUAUGGACAAAUCAAUUUGUGUGCGGGUACACUUGCUGGGCGUGCACACACAUUAAGUGCGGCUGCUGCUGCUGCUGCUGCUGCUGCUGUUUGCUGUGCACGAACAACCUUAUUCUGGCAACCAGACGGGCAAUCCUCGUCAUCCACGACAAACAAUCAACAGCACACAUCUUUGGGUCAGCAUCCCCAUAGUGUUGGCUCAAUCUCUUCGGUCCGUUCACCACCAGUCACCAACAACAAACUCCUCCAGAAUUCUCCACUUCGACGGCCCUCUAGUGGGCCUGUGCUUGAGCAUGACCUUAAACAAGAGGGUGAGACUGAUGGGGUUAAAACCCAUUCUGCACCGUCGUCUGUUAGCGAGGGGGCUCGCAAGAUAUCGGCUCAUAGCCAAUCUUUAUCCAACAAUAGCAAAUUACAAUCAGUUCCAGAAAGUAAUUCAAGAGACUCGAAACCAAUCUCCUCAUCUGUGACAAAUGUCCAGCAGCAACAACAGCAGCACGUUUCUGCUUUUUCUGCUGCCAAUCGUCCAAUGUUUUCGCCAACACCCGUGUCACCAGCCACUCAUAUGAUGGUUUUUACCACUGAGAUGGCUAAUGACGCUGCAGUGAAAAAUCAACGAAGUAGGCUUCGUCUCACCACCUAUCACUCCACUCAUCCCACCGUGCAAUCCUACAUGCUUCAACAUGGAAUGUUCCACACCACACCAGCUGUUGCCGCUGCAGCUGCAUCAAUUGCUGUCGACAGUGGCAGCGUGACACAAGAGCAGUUGGAAAACCGCAAGAAUAAAAUGGCUACUUUGGAAAGAAUUCACUUCACUUUGACCAAAAACAAGACCUCCGCGGCUGCUCAAGGAGUUCCACCGCUACAACAACAACAGCAGCAGCAGCACAUGUACGCCACUGGGGGACAAAUGAGCGGCUCCUCUGCUUCCUCCUGUGUUGCUACUCCGAUUCCUCCUAUGCAACAGCACGAUCAUGGUCAUCCUCCUGGAGAUAUGCAGCCAAUGGAAUCCCGAGGAAUGAUGAUGACUAACCGUGAAAUGGCUUGGAUCCAACAACAACGAAGACAGCAACAACAACACCAGGCCCUCUCCACCGUUCAUCAGUCCUCCCCAAUGAGUGGUGGGGAUCCCAACGGGGGAAUGGGACAUUUCCCAUACUCGCCUAUGGACCCUAAUAUGUUUGGAUCUCCUAUACUGGUUGUACCUGACAACGUCUACCCCUCCGGACCCCCUCCACCACCGCCGAACAAGUUCUGCGUCCCUGCUCCUCCUCCUUACGGCAAUAAUAACAAACGUCCCUAUCCGCCAUCUGAUUCUUUACCUGGUGGACUCCCCGACAGCCAUCAAUCACAAUUCUGGGGGUCCCAGCAGCAACAGGUUAUGAUGGACCAGCAACAACAACAGCAACAACAGGUGAUGAUGUUGCAGCAACAGCAGCAGCAGUCUCAACAAUCUCAGAACGCUCUCCCAGCAUCUCGAGCAGCAACCGGUCGCGGAGGAAGUGGUGUGGGCAAGAAGCGAAAAACAGGAACAACUGCAGCUAGUCGUGCUGCAGCGGCAAGAGCUAGUGGACCUCAAGGACCUCCCUCUGGUUUCAACCCUGCCUCACAACGGAUGCCGCCUACUCAGCAACCUCAAAUCCAUUCGGGCAUGAAGCCGGGUGGCUUUGGUGCGGUCCCUAUUGGGCCCCCUCGUGGAAAUUACCAAUCCUCUAUGAUGGGUGGCGGUGAUCCGCUGAAUGGUGGUCCCUGUGCUCUAACCCUCGCUCUCUUACCACUCUGUGCUGCAUCCGCCAUUAUUUUCCCCAACGGGAAAGUGGGGACGGGAGGUGGUGGUGGUGGUGGAGGUGGAUUUUGGGCAGCAAGAGCACGAUGCAGGAGGUGGAAAGAGAGCCGGUUGAAAUUUAUGCUGGGUUUUCAGAAUCCCAGCUACCGAGGAGGAGGUCCUAUGAUGGGUCCAGGAGGAAUGAUGGAACAACCCAUAUAUCCCCCAAUGGCUGUUGGGCCCGGUGGUCCUCCCGGUGGUCAAUUACCCCAAUCAUCCAUUCAACAACAGCAGACCCUACCCAUGGGUGGGGGCUACUCCCAUCCUCCAAAUGACUGUAUGUCUCCUUCCUCAAACUCGUCAACUCAACAUUUGACAUCAGCGAGUUUGGCAAGUCUUGCCAGACUUUCACAGCUCUCUGGCACUGAGGGGCCCUACUGUCUCCAGCCUCCAAAUUCUAAUCCCAAUGUCCCGACACCUGGAUUCUCCAGAAUGACCUCGGCUCCAGAUAUGCUGGGAGGUGGCGGAUUCCCUGGUGGUGGCGGUCCUGGGAUGAUGUCCAAUCCCGAAGGAGAUCCUAACUCCAUGUGUGCAAUGCCUGGAAAUCCUAACACUCCUGGUUAUCAGCAUCAAGGUGUGCCGAUGCCUCAAUCUAAUAGUCAACAGCCUGGAUUCCAUCCUUCGUCCCACCAGCAAGCCCUUGGGGAUGCAUCCGCAGUAGUGUCAACGAGGUGCAUCACUCCGAGCUCCGCUCCACCUAUUUGUGCUCCUCAGCCGACCUCUAAUUCUCCCUCAACGCCUACUGGUGGCGCUGUGGUGAAUCCUCUUCCUUCUAGUCAGCAGCCUCCUCAAUCAGGAGCUGCGUCUCAACAAUCUCAACAACAAUCAUCUUGCCCACCUCAACAGCAGUCUGGCCAGUUCCAGCAAAUUAAUUAUCCCCACAUGAAUGGAAACCCCCAGCUCCAUCCAGGGCAAUACAUGCAGCAACAACCGUCUUCUCGACAGUUCUACGGUAUUAGCAAUGGGUCCACGUGUCCACCUCCACCCAAUCAACGGUUGGAACCUCCACGCAAUCCUCCUCAGCUUCCACCUCCGACCAACGUGCAGAUAACACCAAAGACCCCGCAUACAAUUCAAUACCUUCCAACCACUUCUACCACCACCACUGCUGGGUUGCCUGGUGGAAACACAACUUCAAUUUCCAACGCCCCCUCCAGUGGUCCCUAUCCACCUGGACCCCAACAAAAGGUACGGACUUCUUCUGGACAAAAGAUCCAAUCCCCUUGUCAUACUCAAGUGGCUCCUAAUGCUGCUGUCCAGCCAACAAAUGGCCUGAAUGCCCUUCCUCCCCAUCCACCUUCGUCCGCCAACCGAAGGUGUCCGAAAAUGGACCAACUUCCUCCUGCUCAACAGAGCUCUAUAGUAAUGGGCGGUAAUAAUCCUUCUGUGUGUUGUGUGAUUGCACUUGGCUGGCUACAUGAUGUCUCAAAUGUCAAUCCUUCGCAUUAUCCCUCACUCUCAACUCCAUUUGUAGAUAUGGUUGCAGGAAUGCCUGACGGUAGUGAGAUGUACACUACGGGACCUCAACCAAAAUAUCUCAGCCACCAACAGCAACAGAGAUUUCCAAUGACGACUGAUGUGACAGCCCAGCAAUCUGACAGCACAAACCCCUUCGAUUUUCCUCAGGGUGCAACACCAUAUCCCAACACGACUGCAUCACAAUCGCGGAAUUUAUAUCGUGAUCCUUCAAUUCACUUCCAGCAGCAGCCGCAGCCAUAUGCUUCUUCCUCAACAGGGCCCGGUUAUCGACCGGCUGAGACGGAUUCUUCUCAAAUGGUCUCUGGAGUCCCAAAUACGACAGUUACUGCUUCAAAGAACGCGCUCGCUCCUUCGGCUGCAACAUCUGGAUCUCAGCAAUCACAACAGCAGAUGUACAUGGGUGGAGUGGAUAUGAACUAUCCUCAAUCACAACCACGCUGGCAACAACCCCAAAUGAUGGGUGGCAAUGGAAACGAUUUCUAUAUGCAGCAACAGCAAGGUGCCGUAAUGAUGGCUCCGUCUCAAGGUGGUGCCAAUCCACAAUCCCAGGCUGCAGGGUUCUAUAUGCAUCCCCAACCUGGAGGAAGUGGUAUUCCUCCGAACCACUUGCAGCCACCAGCAAAUCCCACACCCUCGCACCAGCAGAAUCAAGGCCACACCAGCAGACCUUAUCCUGCUCUCUUGUAA